AUGGCUGAAGGUUUCCUCGAUUGUUCUCACGGGGAAAAAUCAUUAGAGGAAUUAGGUGAUGACUGCUUCACUGAAUUGUUGUCUAGAUCCUUAAUUCAACAAUCAAAUGAUGGUGCUCGUGGCACAUUGUUUUACAUGCAUGACCUUAUCAACGAUUUAGCGACAUCAGUAUCUGGAAAAAUCUAUUGUCGGUCUGAAUUUGGUUGCCAAAGUCUCACGGAAUUGCCAGUGCAUAUGGGAAAUUUAAUCAGUUUACGUCAUCUUGAUAUAAGUGGGACUGACAUAAAAGAGUUGCCUAUGGAAAUUGGUGGACUAGAAAACCUCCAAACUUUGACUGUUUUUUUAGUGGGAAAGCCACAUGAAGGGUUAAGUAUCAAAGAGCUAAGGAAAUUCCCAAACCUACAAGGGAAAUUUACCAUAAAAAACCUAUACAAUGUCAUUGAUGCAAAAGAGGCAGAAGAUGCCAACCUGAAAAACAAAGAGAAAAUUGAGGAUUUAGAGUUGAUAGGGGGAAAACAAAGUGAAGAUUCACUAAAAGUGAAAGUUGUGCUUGAAAUGUUGCAACCACCAAUAAACUUGAAGAGCCUAAAGAUUAACUUGUACGGUGGGACAAGUUUUCCGAAUUGGUUGGGAAAUUCUUCAUUUUCUAACAUGGUGUCACUUGAAAUUCGUAAUUGUGAAUAUUGCAUGACACUUCCACCGCUAGGCCAACUACCUUCUCUCAAGAAACUGAGUAUAUCGAAUUUGUUGUUAUUGGAGACAAUUGGCCCAGAGUUCUAUUGUGUUGAGGAAGGAGAAUGUUCCAAUUCUACCUUCCAACCAUUUCCUUCCCUUGAGCAUAUGGAAUUUGACAGCAUGCCAAAUUGGAAGGAUUGGAUUUCCUUUGAAGUCAUAAAUUUAGCAUUUCCAAAACUUAGAACUAUGGAGUUACAUAAUUGUCCUGAACUAAGGGGAGAUUUGCCUAGCCACCUUUCAUGCAUGGAAGAAAUUGAAACAGGAGGUUGUUAUAAGAUAUUGGAAACACCCCAUACUUUUAAUUGGCUAUCGACAAUCAAAAGAGUAAGAAUUGAAGAAGAUACUGAUGCUCAAAUGUUUGUGACGGACUUUCCCUUGCAACAUGCAGCUGCAGAAAGUUACCCAAUGUUUAUAUCUAAAAUGAUCACGAGUAGUAUUUGUCUUACUCACUUUGAACUCUAUUGUAUUCAGUCUCUCACUGCAUUUCCCACAAAUGGUCUACCCACUUCAUUGCAGUCACUUUAUAUUAGUGGGUGUAGGAAGUUAUCCUUCAUGCCUUUCGAAAGAUUUCAAAAUUACAUGUCACUCGUGAGUCUUGCUAUCUGGCAUAGCUGUGAUUCACUUACAUCAUUUCCACUUGAUGGUUUCCCUGCGCUCCAAACACUUUCCAUUGAAGGUUGCAGGAGUAUGAAUUCCAUUUAUAUUUCCGAAAGUCCUUCACGCCGGCAGUCAACCCUCCGAUCACUUGCCAUCAGAUCAAUUGAAACACUUAAAGUCAAUCUUGGGUUGGACACACUCACCAACCUUGAACGUUUGGAUCUGAACUGUUAUGGAGAGUUGUCAUUUUGUGAAGGAGUUUGUCUUCCCUCCAAAUUACAAUCAAUUAAUGUUUAUUUUGAAGGAACAAAUAUGCAUAUAAAGGAAUGGGGUCUCCAAGACCUAACCUCUCUUUCAAGAUUGACAAUUCAAGAAUGGGGUGAAAUGGAUAACACCUCCACAAUGGAAUCGUUGCUCCCCAUCUCCCCUGUGUCUCUCACUAUUAGUAAUAUGUCCUUUGGGCUUCGACACCUCUCGUCUCUCGAACAUCUCCGAUUCAAACAUCUCAAGUCAUUGCCAGAAAACUGCCUCCCUUCCUCGCUGAAUUCACUUGAACUUUGGUGUUGUAAACACUUAGAGUCAUUACCAGAAGACAGCCUACCUACCUCUCUUAAGAAACUAACCAUCACAAAAUGCCCAUUGUUAGAAGAAAGGUAUAAAAGGAAGGAAAAUUGGUCUAAAAUUUCUCACAUUCCUUUCAUAAAAAUAAAUUACCAAGUCACAAUAUGA